GGAUGAAGCACUGGAAUUCGUGAAAAAGUCUGAACUUGUUAUCAGGAGGUUGCUAGAGGUGCUAAUGAAAAGACUGAAUGUGAAGGAGAUCGAUAAAACUAAAGAAUUGCUUUUAAUGGGCUCAAAGAGGAUUAACCUUAACUACUAUCCUAAAUGUCCUAAUCCUAAUCUCACAGUUGGAGUGGGGCGUCACUCCGAUGUCUCAGCAUUGACUCUCCUCCUACAAGAUGAUAUCGGUGGACUUUAUGUUCGGAAAAUGGAUGGUAAUAGUUGGAUCCAUGUUCCUCCAAUCAGUGAAUCUCUUGUCAUAAACGUUGGUGAUGCGCUUCAGAUCAUGAGCAAUGGUCGAUAUAAAAGCAUCGAGCAUCGUGUGACUGCCAACGGAAGCAAGAACAGGGUUUCAGUUCCAAUUUUCGUGAACCCCAGACCUUUUGAUGUUAUCGGUCCACUGUUAGAAGUGCUGGAGAAUGGAGAGAAACCAAUGUACAAGCAAGUUCUUUACUCGGAUUAUGUCAAGCAUUUCUUCAAGAAAGCCCAUGAUGGAAAAGACACGCUAGAAUUUGCAAAGAUAUGA